UAUCAAUCAAGCCCACAAGCCUAAUUUAAAACAAAAAUAUUUCUACCUGAAACAACAUAAACAAAAUGGAACCUUCAAAACAAGAAGUUCCAAAGCUCAUGGAGACACCACCAAACAUAUCCAAUGAUUCAUCAGCAUCCGAGAAAGGAGAAGCAACAAGGCAACAACAACUACCAAACAAUAGGUACGCACUCACAGUUGACGAGGUGAUCGAGCAACACAUUGGCGCACUUGGGUUUGCUCAGAUCUUGCAUGCUGUCUUGGUCUCCAUCGCUUGGAUCUUCGAUGCUCAGACCACUCUUAUAUCCAUUUUCUCCGACGCUCAGCCCGCUGCGAGGCUUCUUGCAACCGGUGCCAUCGUGGAGGGCGCCUCGUUGUGUGGAUUGGCGAGUGGAGAAUGGGAAUGGAUUGGAUCAAAGAGUGACACUGUUGUUUCUGAGUGGAAUCUCAUAUGUCAACAUAAGUUUCUUGUUGCUGUUCCUUCCACUCUAUUCUUCAUCGGAUCUCUUUUCGGUUCUGGUGUUUAUGGAUAUCUUGCUGAUUCAUGGUUUGGUCGAAAGAAGACGCUAUUACUCUCUUGUGUAUUAACUUUUGUCACGGCCUUUGCGAUCUCUUUUUCACCAAACGUAUGGGUUUACGCAUUCUUGCGUUUUGCCAAUGGUUUCUUUAGAUCGGGAAUUGGGUCUUGUUGUAUCGUACUCGCAACUGAGAUUGUUGGCAAAAAGUGGCGAGGCCAAGUAGGGCAAUACGGUUUCUUCUUCUUCACGUUAGGUUUUCUAUCUCUGCCACUCAUGGCUUAUUUGGAGAGAAAGUCAUGGAGAAAUCUUUACCGGAUCAUAUCCUUUCUUCCUCUUGGAUACGCGGUUUGUCUCUUGCCCUUUGCUUAUGAGUCUCCUCGAUGGCUUCUUGUCAAGGGACGUAACAAAGAAGCCAUGGUGGUCUUGAAGAAACUAGCGAGGCUCAACGGGAAACAACUUCCGGCGGAUCUAAGCCUAGUCGAUCCAAUUCCAGAGAGAGAUGAUCAAACCUCAUCAUCGGAGAAGUUUUGGAAAACAAAAUGGGCAGUGAAAAGAAUCAUAAUGGUUAUGAUGGCUGGAUUUGGCAGUGGCUUUGUUUAUUAUGGAAUUCAACUAAAUGCUGAAAAUCUCAACUUCAAUCUUUAUUUAACUGUUGCUGUUAACGCUUUGAUGGAGUUUCCAGCGGUUUUCAUCGGAAGUUUCCUCCUCGGGGUCAUGAACCGGCGUCCACUAUUCUCGAAUUCAUCAUACCUCGCUGGAGUUGCGUGUCUACUCUGCGCGGUUCUCUCUAUCCACCGUGUGAUCCGUACGAUAUCUGUUGCGAAAUGGUUACAACUUGCAGUUGAGGCGGUUGGGUUUAUGGCAUCCUCGACAGCGUAUGACGUCCUAUAUGUCUACUGUGUCGAGCUGUUCCCAACAAACGUUAGGAACACUGCUGUCUCGCUAUUGCGUCAAGCGUUUAUGCUAGGAGCGUCUGCAGCACCGCUGCUAGUUGCAUUGGGAAGGGAAAGCGCAAUGAUGUCGUUUAUCGUGUUUGGUGUUGCGUCUGUGCUGAGCGGCGUAGUGAGUCUCUGGCUAAGAGAAACGCGAAAUGCUCCGCUGUACGAAACACUAGCACAACAAGGGAAAGCGGAAGAGAUCGAAAAUGAAACAAUCAUGAGUACUUGAUUGCAUUCACAGUGUUGUGUUUUCUAUGGAAUGUUUACAUCCAAUAAUUGGAAAUAUGUAAA